CGAGGAUGCACUAGAACGAUUUACGACAGCAACAAAAAGAGGCAUUUUCAGAUAUCCAGUCGAACGGAGAAUAUUUAGUCGAUCGAAACAUUCAGAACAUCACAUCAAGAUGAUUGAGGUGGUUUGCAACGAUCGCCUUGGGAAAAAAGUCCGGGUAAAGUGCAACUCUGAAGAUACCAUUGGAGAUCUGAAGAAACUUAUUGCUGCCCAGACAGGAACUAGGUGGGACAAAAUCGUCUUGAAGAAAUGGUACACCAUAUUCAAGGACCACGUUUCGCUGGGAGACUAUGAAAUCCACGAUGGCAUGAAUCUAGAGUUGUACUACCAGUAGAAAAUGGAAGGACCACCAGACGAUGCUGCAUGACCAACUGUGACUUUGUGGCAUGGAUGCAUACGGAGACACUCGCAUAUACACGGAUCUGAUUGGCAAAUGCACAUUUAAAAUGUGUCGUCAUGUAUCAAGUGGUGUAAAAAGAAUAACCAUACUGACAAAAUACAUCAGUGUGAUUGAUAUUCAAAUCUCCUUGAUGGAAGGCAAUGGAUCAUGGUUAUUUUAAAGACGGAUAUUCUUACCGUUUGACAAGCGUUUUGAUUUUGGGACGGUGAUAUUCAUAUUGUUUGGAAUAAAUUGAUUAUUUGUAUAUCCU